CAAUUAUUUGUGUGUUCUUUAAAGGUUUUUCUUUGGUGAAGGACACAGCCAGUUUUAAUUAACUUGAUAUCUUUGCUAAAGAUUUAUGUUCAACUCACUCAACGCGCUGUAAAACAUUAACAGCGCACAAACAGGACAGGAGAAACUAGUUCUUAACAUAAUUUCACGGACCUACAGUAUGAAAACCCUUAACUAUAGUAACGCAUACAGAAAAUACUAUUGAGCGCACAGAAAUUAAACAUACAAGUGGAAAUCUGUGAUAAACAAGCCAUAAUAGCUCUUUGGUAAAUGCCUGAUAAGGGGAAUCAAUGUGUCAGGAAACAGCUGUUCAAAAAAUGGAAAUGGUUAAUAUCAGGUGAGGAUGCACGCAGCGGUCCAGGAUCAAACUGGAAACUCCACGCUUGUUCAGGCUGUCGGUUUGUAAGAAGGGGCUUUUUGCCAUCGUGCUGGCAGACGGCGAGUCGAGCACCGGCACGCGGGACGCGCAGCGCCAGUCUCGCGCACGCUGCCCCCGCCUCGGCCCGUCCGGCCCGGCUGCCGCUUUAAAAGGCGGGACGGAGGCGCAGCGCCGAGUCUCUCCCCCGAAACUGGAGCCCCGGGCGAGCAGCAGGGAAACCGUUUAAAUCCCCCCCUCCCCUUUCGGCUCUCUCAGCGACAGCCCGAAAUAUGCAGCAGUAAACAAACAGAACGAGAAAGAGGACGACGACGACGGCGGCGGCGGCUCCAAUCCUGCGGGUCUAAUCUUGACGCGCCGUUUUUUUUUUCUCUCUCUUGUUGUUUCGAGCGACAACAACAAGAACAACAAGAACAACAAAUCACCAUCAAGUCGGUUCCCGAGCUCAUUCAUUUAGCUGUUGCUGGCUCUGCCGGCAGCCUGACCCUGACGAAACCAGAUCUCGGCGUUACGCAACGCCAGUAUCAGCUGACCGGCAAAGAAGAAGAAGAAGAACAAGAACAAAAAAUAAACAGCGGAAAGCGGGAGAGGAGGGUGCUCCGUGUUGUGAACCCGCCCUGGUUUCUGUGAAGGUGGCCCACAUCCUCGCUUCUGGUGACUGCUUUCAGGCGUUAAGGAAGAGAGGGGGAGAGGAUCCCGGCAGCGGCAGGAUGCUGAAUUUAAAUAACCCGGACAGCAACGCCCUGCAGGACCCCGUGUCUCUGAACGUGGGCGGCGAGGUCUACACCACCACGCUGGACACGCUGACCCGCUGCCAGGACUCCAUGCUGGGCGCCAUGUUCAAGGGCCAGCUGCCCCUGCUCCGGGACCGGAGGGGCAACUUCUUCAUCGACCGGGACGGCAAGGUCUUCCGCUACAUCCUCAACUACCUGCGCUCCAGCAGCCUGGACCUGCCCGACGACUUCAAGGAGAUGUCCCUGCUGAAGCGCGAGGCCGACUUCUACCAGAUCCGGCCGCUGCUGGAGGAGAUCGGGCGGCGGGAGGCGGGCGAGGGCGGGCCGGCCGGCCGCAGCGCCGUGCUGAGCGCCGACGUGGACAGCCAGCUGCGCAUGCUGCACUUCAACCUCAAGCGGGCCCCCGAGAACUACGAGCUGUGCACCGUCGCCGUGCGGGUCCACACCGCCAACGUCUUCUGCACCUCCUGCGCCUUCGUCCAGCUCCUCUGCCGGCGCUUCUCCUACCUCCGCGCCCGCGAGGGCCCCCUGGCCCCCCAGCCCGACGAGGGCCGCCCCAACUACCUGCGGCUGGAGUGGACCCCCCGGCCCGAGCAGCUGCCCCCCGAGCAGUACGAGAAGCACCGCUUCCGCGAGCUGGCCGCCGCCGCCCCGCCCCCCCGCGGCAGCCUGCCCGUGCCCGACACCCGGGCCUUCAUGGAGGAGGUGCUGAAGCUGGCGCUGGCCGAGGGCUUCCGGGUGGACUCGGUCUUCCCCGACCCCGCCGACAUCCUCAACUGCAGGUCGCUGCGGUUCGUCAGGUACUGAGGAGCCGGCAGCUGGCGAAGAGUUUCCAGCCCUCUCGCGGCUCCCCCCAACCCCCCGAGCUGCGUUCUGCUGCGCUGGGGUUAUUAACGACUAACACUGCGGAACUCACUGUGGGAAAACUCACCCUGUGGCUUUAACUGCGCGGAGGGAGUCGGGGAAAGACCGUGCUGCACUAAGGCGCGUACCCGUACGGACUCCGUCCCUCAUCUGUAACGCGGUAACGUUUGAAUGCAGAAGCAACGUUGGGUGACGGCAUGGUUUUGAUGCCCCUCUCUCUCUCGGUGAGGGGAGGGUGCUGGGGUGAGGGUGGGGUGGGGGCUUGUGUUGGCUCGUAUGUGGGGCAGAACGAGGGCCUGUGACCUGGCUUUUUUGCCCCAGGCCUCAACGUUCCCCCAUCAGCACGGCCGAAGGUGAGUCUUCUGUUCAGACUGUGAGUGUGACGACCUUACCUCCCAGUCUUAAUGGCACUUUAGCUGCUCUAACUUACUUGAACUUUAAUGCACAAGGUGCUCGCUCUUCUCGCGACCGACGGUAGAGUUUACGGGGAGCUUGUUGCAGCCCAAGCACUCCAGGUCAAGCUCGGCUUGCGGUGGCAUGCCUUUGUCAAGGCAGACCAACCUUUAACGAUUUCUGAGUGAUUUUCGGGGGAAAGUGGAGGCGGAUCUGGUGGGGGGUGCUGAUGGCUGGAGGAAUGGCACCCCCUGCUGGGGAGCAGGGGCUCCUGCAUGUUUACAUAGUUCUCAGCAAGUGCCUCUUGUCCAAUGCGAAGUCUCUGCUCCAGCCUCUGACAUGCUCUUCUGGAGAAGCCAUGGGAGCUGACUUCGCCUCGCCGAGACCGGUUCUGUUCCAGGUACAAGAAAACCUGGAGUGGAUUUUAAGUGCCGUGCCACAGGAGGCUGCCGGGUCCUCUCUGGAACAGGUGGAGUAACGUCAUUUGCACCACAGGAAAUCACACCUGUGCCUUUGUUCAGUCUUUUGACAACUCUGAGGUUUUUUUUUUGGGUUAAGAGGGUCAAAAACUUUGGUUUUCUUGAAUGUUUACAACCGCACUCCAUGCUGCUUAUUAAACAUAUUCCUUCUAACAUUAAUAAAUGCAAUUUAAAGUGG